AUGCCAAGCGAGAGCAAGCACGGCCGCGACGACGACGCCAAGGACACGCAUAAGGCGACGAAGGCAGACGACGAGAGCGGUGGCGCCAAGGACGCGGCCGAGGCGAAGGGCGGCCCCACGAUUGUCGACAAGGUGAUCGCGUUCUUCUUCGAGAACGACGAGUUCUGCGCCACGUUUGAGCGGUUUGCAGACAAGCACUGCGACAUCUUUGACCCGGACGCAGACGAAAUGCAGCUCGAGUACACGGACGUCUACAACCAGUUCACCAAGCUGUUUGAGACCAAAAUCGAAGAGUUCAUCGAGUCCCAAGGCUCGUCGGUAGCUGAAUUCUAUGACCUGGUGCGCAAGGCGCACGAGAAGGACCCGCAUGGCACGAUCGCCAUCUACUCGCGCAUGCUAGUGGCCACGAGCGACUUUGAUGUCUUUGUCCUCAUGAUGAAGCAAACCAAGGAAGCCCAGCGCCUCAAAAAAUAA